GGAAAAUCCUCCGGUAGUGGUCUACGGUAAUUUCUUAGAUAUUGUGAACAAAAUCAAAGCCUCCGCAAAGAGGCAGUGCUUGACCACGCGUACCAUGCUUGCAACGUCAGCAAGUUCAAACAUCCAAAGCGACACAAGCACCGGAAGCGCGAGUCAACCCAGUUUCAGCCCCAUCAAUCUCCAGGGAGGGACGAUCGACAAAACAAACAAAGAAAAAAAAAAGAUAAUUGAAACAUAUAUUAAAAUAUACAUCAAAUAAUUAUUGAGAAGUCACGGAAAAAAUAAACAGGAGCUAGUGCUGCAACUGUUACACAGCGCUAGCUAACUGCACCGGGGAGAACGGAAGGGGCGGGAAGCAAAAACGAAACUUUUUUCUGGGGGUGGGCUAAAAAAAAAAAAAAAAAAAAAAAGGCCACAAUGCCUCUGCUCCUCGCAAAACUCCCCUUGGUCCUGCACAUAGCGGCCGAGACGGGUGCGGCCAACUCCUUCCUCCGAAACCCGCGCACGCAGCUGCGGAUCCGGGGCGCCGACCACGCCGACGUCCAGCGCGAGGCCGACCUGGUGUGCGCCAACCUAGGCGGGGCGCUGUUGACCACCAACCUCGUCGCCCUCGUCGUGCUCUUGCGCCAGGCCGACGCAGCACAAGCACUAGACGAGACGAGCCGCCUCAUCGUUCUCGCCCUGGCCUCUUACCACAUCUUCCCAAUGUACAGGGCCUUUGCCCGGCUCACUUCCCCGGGCGCCGCGCUCAAGUACCAGGAUGUGCCCAUGGGGGGACCAGCGGUGCACUUGCUUGUCCACUGGGUCUGCUUUGCAAGCUUGCUGUGUUCGGCGCUGUUUGGAGGAUGAGCGGUCGAGCGUCAGCACAGCUGGCAAGCUUCUUUUUGUUGUCUCACGCCAAUAGAUCACUCGGACGACACGACAUUCAAAUUCAAAAAGCGAAUAGAAUUUUUAGCACCAUUAGACAACCAGAGGACAGCCAAUCUUGAUUUGUUUUUUCUAUACUUGUUUUUUUUUUAACUUAAUUAGUCUAGCCUGUCGUUGAAUCAUCUGCAGAGAUCACUAGCCAAAAAGCCUGAGGCCAGGGCCAUCAACAUCUACACCGCCCAUAUCUUCAUCCUCGGAAGCGCCGUCAGCGUCCUCGCGCAACUCCAUCUUCUGGCCAAACAAUGUGCCGAAGAAGCGGUCGAUGGCGUCCUGCUCCCACGUUCGCCGGUCCUCGGGCGCCAUAAAGUUCUGCAACUUUUCGUGAACAGUGAAUCGCAACUUGCGACCCUUGCUGGCCCUUCGGUCAACAACCUUCCUGGUCCUAGCCUCCUUGACGGCUGCCCACUUAACCGUCGGCACGGAUCCUCCAGCACCGCCACCAGAACCGUCCAAUGUACGCUGAUCCACGAGCUCCUUGAGCAGGAGCUGGUAAAAGUCGGCAUCGUCGUAAAUGUUCUCGUCCUCUUGUACCUUUUUGCUCGACUGUAUCGGGGCACACGAGCGGGGAACACGCGUGCGCUUAACCAAACGGUCCGGGUUGACUAGCUGGUCCUCGAGAACCGAAGUCAGGGACUCGACUGUGGUAGUACCCAACUGUCGCUUGGAUGUGACAGCGGUGGUGCUCUUUGUCUUGCUGGACCAUUUUUCCAACACCUUCUUUCUGUAGGAUGCCGCCCUAGCUUCAACAACCCCCAUGUCUUCCCA